AUGAAAACAUCCACCAACGCGUUGAAGUACCUUAUAACAAUCCUAAUUCUUCUAGAAAAUAGACCAGACUAUAUAAAGAAAAUCUUCAUUGUCUAUCUAAAUAACUUUUAUGAUGCACUAAUUUUACCUACAAAUUAUAAUGCUGCACUAAAAGAAGAAGCAGCAUCGGCUGAACUCAGCCCAGAACAGAUGGGAGGUCAUUAUCAAGGUGAUAUGAUUUUUCCGGAAGAUGUAUCACGUGGAGCGGCACAUCGGCCAUCAUCACAGCGAUGGCCUAAUGGUAUAAUACCCUAUGAUAUGACAUCAUCUAUUUUUGUCAAUCAUUCAUUAUUGAUUGUUGAUGCUAUGCGACGUAUGGAGAAUCUAACACGAGUAGGAAAUCGUUCGUGUAUUCAAUUUCGACCGAAAACUAGCAAUGAUGCAAUUUUUAUUACAAUUCAGAAUGGAACUGGUUGUUCCGCUUAUGUUGGAUAUCUUCAAAAUAUUACUCUAAAUCGUACUGUUACUUUAAUGCAUACGCCAACUUCCACUUGCAUGAUAACUGGAAUUAUUCAACAUGAACUUCUUCAUGUACUAGGAUUUUUUCAUGAGCAAUCUCGUCCUGAUCGUGAUGACUAUGUUUCCAUUCAAUGGAAUAAUAUUUUAACUGGUACUGAGUUCAAUUUUGAGAAAUAUACCACAGAGGAUAUUGACACUCUCAGGACAUCAUAUGAAUAUGGAUCCGUUAUGCAUUACCAAGCAAAUGCCUUCAGUGCGAAUGGUUUAAACACGAUUAUACCUACGAAGGAUCCUAACGCAGUGCUUGGACAACGUAUUGGUAUGAGUCCUAUUGAUAUUCUUGAGGUUCAACGUUAUUAUGGAUGUGUUCCAAUUCCGUCAGCAGCAGUACAUCAACAAAAUACAAUAUCCAUGAGUUCAACUAUUAGUAUGGGAAUAGUUCUAAUACUUUUACUUCACUAG